CACAAACCACAGCGGCCAUGCAUUUCCAGACGAUUGCGAGCCUUUUGGCGCUCUCCGGCGCCGCAAACGCCUUUUCCGACUCCUCGCCCUGGAUUCUUUUGUCAACGUCGCCCUUUGCCAAAGCCCCCAGCGCGGACCAGAUCCAAACCAGCUCUUCAGUAUUGGGCUUCGCCAAAGAUGUCCUGUCGACGUGUCCAACCGACGGUUACCUCAUUGUGUCUCAGCCUGGCCUGUACACCGAAGAGAUCCGACGAUCAUCUAAAGGCUGCACGAUGCCGCAUCUUUGCAAGGUCGUCGACGAUGAGCGAAUCAAGGCCAAGUCCAUUGUGACCGAAGUUGUUGGAAAUCUCGCAGAUGCACACCUGUCAGAAUACAUCAAGUCUGCCUGUGCUAAGCAGGGCAAGGCGGCUACGGUGGAGGAAGUCCACCUGGCUCCCUUAACUUGGGAGGAUAGAGCUGACACAUUCUCUGCCAACGAUGAUAAACUGGCACAGAGCCUUGAGAAGGCCACUGGAACCGAUAGCUAUACGUUCAUCUUCUUCUCGACUCCGGGCGAGCCAAACUAUGAAGCCGAAUUUGAAGAACCCGUCCGCAUGGAGCUGAAGAGAAAUGUCCAGAGCACACAGCUACCAAAGGGAGACAACGAAACCGAGUGGGACAAGCUCCCCCUGUUUGAGAAGUAUCAGUUCUUUACUCCCGGCAUUUUCAUGGCGCUCAUCACCGCCGUAAUUUUACUUACUAUUCUCAGUGUUGGAAUUAGAGCUCUUGGAAGCCUUGAGGUGUCAUAUGGUGCGUUUGAGAAAGACAUGGGCCCUGCCGCACAGAAGAAGAACCAGUAGUGCGUCUGCCAGUGGCAAGAUAUCUUGUAGCGUGGUUAUGCGUGAGAAUCCUGUAACAAUAAUUCUUUAAUUUCCAUUUUCCAAUAUAGGGUAUGUGAUUGCUUUUUCGCGGGUAUCAUAUCAAACAAUACACUUUUCUAGUGG